UUUUGUUAUCCAUUAUAGUUUCUCUCAUUUGUUUAAAAAUUCAAAGAUGAUCUUUAUGCAAGAAUUUUUUCAUGUUUUUCAUUGAUAUUCAAAUCAUUUACCAAAAUGUACAAGAAAGAUAUAGAUUCUUUGUUGAAUAAAGGCAAACAUUAUGUUUGCCAUUAUGUUACAGCUGGCUGUUAUGAUCAAGAUACAUCCACAAUUAAUUCUUUGGAUGAACAAAGUUUGUUGGAGAAACACAUCAGUGAACAUGAUCAUAGACGUAUCAAUCAAGUAAUCGAUUAUUUGUUCGAUUUUCGUCAAAAUUAUACAUCGGAAGAGCUUAUUGAAUGGGUCAAAUAUUUAAUUUGUGGUCGUCGAUUGCCGAUUAAUUUUGCGAAAGAUGUAAAACAAUAUGAUAGGACAUCUAAAUGCACAUUGGUUUGGACAAAUAAUUUUGUCGCCUAUCGUUGUCGGACUUGUGCAAUUUCUUUAUGCAUGUCAUUGUGUGCUGAUUGUUUUUUUUAUGGAUACCAUAAGGGACAUGAUUUUAAUAUGUUUCGUUCACAAGCUGGCGGCGCCUGUGAUUGUGGUGAUUCAACCGUUUUGAAACCGGAAGGAUUCUGUCGAAAACAUCAGCCACGUGAUUCCGAUUCAGACGACGUUCAAUUGAAGAAAAAAAUUCCACCAAACAGUCUUCUUUGUAUUGCGAAUGAAACUGUUCCACGUUUACUCCAUUAUCUUCUCCUAUAUCUUCGCGGAAAUAAUUUUACAAAUAAUAAAAAAGCUAACGCAUUGAUCAAUGACAUUUUAAUUUAUUUGUGUGAUCUCGGAACUCUUAUGCAAACUAUCAUUUGCAAUUCACUUACUGAUCCGAAUUCAUAUAAAUCUUUUCUGAAAUUAAACAAAGAAGAUGAUCUUGAUUACCAGCACUAUCUGAAAACAUUGUCUAAAAAUUAUCGUAAUGCUGUACAGGAAUUGGAAUUAUCGUCAAUAUUUCCGGAUUUAGGUGAUUUGAAAAUAUCCGAUCUCAGUAUUGUCGAUCAAAUUGAAUCCUUUAAAUCAGACAUAAAACAUGAAACAUAUUUAGAUGAAAUAAUUUUCUGGGUAAUAUACUAUGAAUUUCCUAGCAAUCUCGUUACUUUUCUAUUAAAAAUGUUGCCAAAUGAUGAUUAUAAGGCACAUUUUGCCCAUUGCUUUGUCAAACAUUAUUUCCGUAUCUCUAUGCUCAUUUUACAUCCGACAAGAAGAUUUAACAGCAUGAACGAUAAAGAUAUUGCUAAUAAUAAAUUGGCUAACGCUAUAGUGCACAUCAGCGUUCAAUUGUUCAGCAAUGAAAAUUUGGCUCGUGAAUUAUGUGAAAAAUCUUAUCUACUGUAUAUAAUAAUUCUUUCAUUGAAAUUCGCAAUAUGUGGUGAUGGUAAAAAUUUCUGGGGAAUACUCAAAGUAAAUUCGGAAUUAGAUUUCGAACAGAAUAAUGAUAUAGAAACCGAAAACAAUAAAGACAAACGACCAAAUGUUCAUCGUGUAGUCAGAUGUGACCAUCCUAUACUACGUUAUCAUCGAUUUUGGCCAUUGAAUAGUGAUCUUAAUAAUCUUUUCACUCAUAAACGAAUUGCUCAUAUGUUUCUUAAGGAUAAUGACCUGAUCGAUGUUUGGCUUGAAUUUAUCAUGGCAUUUCAGACAAUGAAUUUGAAUCUAAAAUCGACAAAAGCCGAUGAUACAAAUCAGAAUUAUAAAAGUUCAUUUCCGGCCGAAGUUGAGAUUGCAUCAUCACAAAUGUGGACCUUAAUUUCACAAUUGAAUGACGAAGAUACAAUCCCAUUGACUAUCAAUUUCAUUCAACGUUCUAUAAAUUGGCUUAGAAAAUGGCUUUAUUCGAUUUCGUUUGACAUUAAUUUGAUCGAUACCGAUCGAUGUACCUUUCAUCUGCCACUUCAUCGUUAUUAUUCUAUAUUUCUCAAUCAUGCUGUUAACCAAAAUGCUAGUCUAAAAGGACUACUUCCCACCGAUCGACAUGAAUUGAAAGAUUUCAUGGUACAUCCACUUCAAACACUCAUUGUUUCGAAUCAUAUUAUGGCCAACACAUGGUUCAGUUCCGGUCCACACAUCAAAACACAAGCUUUAAAUUAUAUGCAUCCACAUUUUUGCAAUUCAAAAAUCGAUGCCGAUCUUUUUCUUGUACAACAGAUUGCCGCACAACUUGAUCCGGAUGAAUUUGUCAAAAUGUUUUUCUGUAUAUAUGGCCUUAAUGAACAUCUGAAUCUAACACCAUUACCAGAGAAUGAUAUAGACAAAAAUCGUUUAAUCAUUUUUCUCGAAAAUGGCUUCGGUCUAUUUGCUACUAUACUCGGUGUCCAGCUAAAUCUUGGUUUAUCGGCAUGUGAAGUUACACGAAAAGAAAUGGUCUCUUUAUUGGCUGUUUCUGAUAAAACACAUUCACAAAUUCAAGAUAUGAUGCCUCGUCGUUGGGGAACACUACCGAACAAUGCUUUUAUUGAGAUUCUUCAGAAUAUUGCCGAAUACAAAUCACCUGAAGUCGAAGUUAAUGGUAGCCUUGUUCAAGGUUAUUUCUAUCCAAAAAAUGAUGUAUGGCAAAAUGAAUACGAUCCAUUGUUCGUUCUGUAUCGUAAUGCUCAACGACGUGAAUUUCAAGCAUCAUUGGAACGUUUUGCAUCCUUUGCUAAACAAUCGGGUAAAUAUGAAUCGAAUAGUCUUCCAUGGCCACCGUUUCGUAUACCACCACUGAUUGAUGAUAGAUUCAUCGACCCUCGUAUUAUAUUGAAAAGCAAAACAUUACACGCCUAUUUCUUUUCAAUACUUUAUCGGUCUUUAAACGAUACUGUUUCUAUCACACAACAUUUAAUGUCGAUUGUCAUACAUUUGAUCGAAUUGACAUUGAAUGAAUCAAUGAAAUCAGAUUCCUGUCUAUGUUUGUCUGAUUUAGAAAAACCAGAAAAUAUUUAUGUCAAAUCCGUCAAUGAAUUUGAAUUCAGUUCAUGGUAUCCAUCAGCUGAUAUUUUAAGCAAUUUCAUUACGAUUAUACGAAAAACUGAAUUAUCUUUGACAAAAAAUAGUGAUCAAAUCAAAACAAAAAUUAUAGCAUCUUUAUUCAGUUUAUUAAUGCCCGAUGAUCAACUUAAUCCUUUUAGUCAUUUAGAAGAAUACGACAAUGGUCCAAUCAUUGCAAUCGACAAUGAAGAUGACAAUGAAAAUGUAAUUAAUGUGAAUGAAUCGGAAAAUGAAUCUGGUGAUCCUGAUCACGAUUCAAGAAUCACUAGAAACGAUUCGUCUAAUAAUAACAACACUGUUGCUGAUUCAAAUGUACUUUUUCAAAUCAAUCCGAGCAGCAUUGCUCCAAUGUUAUCGUUUUAUAUUGAUGGUGAAGAAAUUCCUGAUGUCAUCAUUCGUGAAGCAAAACAUUUAGAUAGACUAAUGAAUGAUAAUACUAAUACACGUAACAACACCACCACCGAUAGUGCCGAUGAAUUGAGUUCGAUUGAUUCUUCACAACCAUCCAGUUUGGAAUACUUUUCAAAUCAAUUAUCGAAUGAACCUUCAACCAGUUCGCAACAACAGCAGCAACAUCUACCUGCAGAAAAACGAUUGAUAAUUAAAACAAAACCUUUCAAAUUUAAAUUGGAUGUGAAUGAAUCUAUUUUAACAUUGUUGCUGCGAUUACAUUCAAAAUUGAGCGAGAAAAGAGAUUCUUUCAAAACAGACUCAAAAAGUUUAGAGAAAUAUGAUCUCAAUUCACGCAUUGGUGAUGGUCCAUACUUUAUUGGUUGUCUAUUGAAGCGUUUCAUUUAUACUUGUGCCGAGUGUUUGGAAUCUCGCCAUUCAUUACAAGCUGGUUCAUGUUUGAAUAAAGUUAUUGAAUUUAUAGAUCAUACUAGGCGUUCAAUUUGGCCAACUAUCAAUAAAGCAGCUUCACCGAUUCCCACAACAAGCACGAAUGCAGAUAUUUAUAGCGAUGGUAUAAAUUCUAUGGAUAUUGAUCAGGAUGAAUUACAACGUUCUGAAAAGAAGCGUAAAGCUUUAGAACGUAAAAAACAAAUAAUGAGUAAAUUCUGUUUGCUACAAAAUGAAUUUAUCAAGAAUAAUAAAAGUACUUUCGAAAAAUUUAAUGCUGAUGAAUCAGAACAAGAAUAUUCGUUUUCAUCUAAUACUGCUGCUGGAUCAAACGUUGAUCUACCUACAGAAGAUAAUCAUUCGAGAAAUUCUGAUCAUUUGGAAAAUACUUCAAAUGUAAAAUAUCAACCAAAAACUUAUCAAUGUGUAAUCUGUAUGGAUACUGGAGCUUCAAUUCUUGAACGACCAUUCGUUCAAAUGGUUCUUUUGCAAUCAUCAUCAAUAUUGAACAAUGCUUUUGCCCACACGUUGGCGGAUGAAUUUGUCAACAGUCGUUUUGUAUCUGAAAAUAUAGAAAAAUUGACAACAAUUCCAACGACUAAAGAUGAUUAUUGUAUAUUUAAAGAACGGAAAACCUUUGCUCAUUAUUUCGAACAUAAAAUCGAUCGAUUGUUUCCAUCGUUUGCAUUAGAUUCAUGGCUCAGUUCAUUCAAUAUUGGUUGGUGUGGAGGUGUUCAUGCACAAUCUUGCGGUCAUUUCAUGCACAUGGAUUGUUAUCAAUCAUAUAUUUCAUCCGUCUAUCAAGAUAGAGAUAGUAACGAUCUGAUUGAAUAUCCAUGUCCAUUGUGUCGAAAGGUAGCAAAUUCGGUACUUCCAAUUAUUCCAAAUUUACCACAUUUUCCUUUGGUACAAUCACGUAAAAAUGAUGAUCCAAGUGGUGUUGCUGUUGAAAUUCUUAAUCUAUUAUCCAAUUGUGAUCAAGCCCGUUUAGCAAAUACUACCGAAGAUGAUUCGAAAUUUUUGAAAGUUUUAGCGAUGGCAAUCGAAGAUGUGUUGAAAGCCACCGAACCACAAUAUCGUAACAUUCGUGUGGAUCCUUGUCCACAAUCAUUAUUUCUAUUUUUAUCAUCAAUUUCGCGAACUAAUCUUGAGUACAAUAUUGUUCUGUGGCGAAAAUCUCUCCCAUUGAACCAAAAUGCUUCAUGUCUUGUGCCUCUAUUUCAUGCAUUAUCGUUGAAUGCAAAAUUAGUAUUACCCAUGUACUACAUGAAAUUAUGGGCUCAAAUCACUGGUGUAGAUGCCGAUGAAAUUGGAUCUCAUUUAAUGCCGUACGAGAAACAAGUUCCUUUAUUGAUCAAAGAUGUUUCGGCCAUUUUAUUGCAAUUUCUUUAUGCAUUACCAUUCAACAUUGACAAAGCUUAUUUUCUAUCAAUCGUGAAAGCAUUAUUGAAUCUGAAUUUCAUACAAGCAAUCGUCAUGAUGACCUUUUUGUUUUCACCGGAUGAAAAGCUCAACAUAAAGACUCUUUUUGAAACGAAAAAUAACGGUGGAUUUAACGGCUAUCUCGAUUAUGUUGGAUUCAUCAUAAAUAGUUUCGAAGCAACCAUCUUGAAUUCCAGCAUUAUUGGAAUAGAAAAUCGUAAAUCAAUUUGCAAACAAUCGAUAUUGGAAUCAUUGUCUCAAGUUUGUCUACCGUUUUUGCGUUUAGCUGCAAUGAUAUUUCAUUUGUUAUUCAAUCAAACAACACUUCCCGAAAUAAACGAUUUACCAAUUUUAGAUGAAUUUACGACAUUGGCUGAUUACCUUUGUCUGAAUUCAAUGUCAUCAUCUACAAUGAAAAAUGAAUUGGAGUCAUCAAAAUCAUUAGUGGGCGAUACUGAUGAUACAUUUUUUAAACCUUAUAUAAAUUGGAUGUGUAAUCCGUCCAGUUUGAUUACGACUUGGUAUAGUGAAUUAGAUAAAUUGAUUCAAACGAAUCCUAUGGCAGCUUCGAGCUUAAUUAAGGAAAAUUGCGUUAUAUCAUCGCAACCAAAACUCUUACGUUUACCAAAAGUAUAUGAACAAUUGUUCAUGUUCUAUCAUAAACGGCCAUGUGAAACUUGCAAUAAUGUCCCAAAAGAUCCUUCCCUUUGUCUUAUUUGUGGUCAGUUAAUUUGCAUCCGUGAAGCCUGUUGCAGGAAUGCAAAUUCAUUUGAAGGUGUUCAUCAUUCACGAAAAUGUGGAGCUGGAACUGCUUUAUAUUUGGCAAUCAAUUCAUCGACAAUCAUUCUGAUUCGUGGUCGUAAAGCAUGUGCUUGGGGAUCGGUCUAUCUAGAUGAAUUCGGUGAAGAAGAUCGUGAUUUAAAGCGGGGAAAACCAUUGUUUCUAUGUAACGAACGAUAUCGUAUACUUGAACAACAAUGGCUAACACAUAGUUUUUUGAAUAUAAACAAAAAAUGGAUCUACCAUAAAGAUCUGCUUUAAUAACGGAAGCUAUUAUACAUCUGGAGAAAAAAAAACGCUAUUGCAUACACACAACAUCAACAUAAAGAAAAAAGACAGAAAAAAAAAAUUGAAUUCGUGAUAAAUAUCCGGUGAAUAUAUAUAUAUGUUCACAUAUUCAUAUUUGUUAACCACUAUACACUGUGGUAUUUUAUGAAUAAUCUAUUCUAU